AUGCCCAGGCGGCUCUGCCGGGCCCGGCCCGCCGGCCUCCUGGUGCUGGCCUGCUGGCUGCUGCUGCUGCCGGCCGGGGCGCGCGGCCUGGGCCUCUACUCGCCCGACGACCCGCUGGCGCUGCUGGGGGGCGGCACGCUGGAGCGCCGCGUCCUCAACUCCUCCAGCGCCUGGGUGGUCGAGUUCUACGCCUCCUGGUGCGGCCACUGCAUGCAGUUCGCCCCCACCUGGAAGGAGCUGGCCCGCGACGUCCAGGAUUGGAGACCUGCCGUGAUGCUGGGUGUGGUCGAUUGUGCUGAGAUGACCAACCAGAAAAUAUGUUCAGAUUUUAAAAUUACUGGCUACCCAACUUUGAAGUUUUUCAAGCCGUUCUCCAGGAAAGCUGAUGAUGGCAUAAGACUCUUGCAUCAUGGGGAUGGCAUUCGGAGUCUGAGGGAGAGCAUAAUCUCCAACAUAGAAAGAAGCGAAGACGCCUGGCCUCCCGCCUGCCCGCCGCUUGAGGCAUUCAGUGCAGCUGAACUUCAUGGCUUCUUCCAGGCAAACAGUGUGGCAUACUUGGCCCUGAUAUUCGAGAAGGAGGACUCCUUUUUGGGCAGAGAGGUGACGCUGGACAUGGUCCAGUAUGAAAAUGUCGCGGUGAGGAGAGUCCUGCAGAGCAACGAGGAACUAGUGAAGAUCUUCAACGUGACCACCUUCCCUUCUGGCUUUCUGCUUUUCAGCAACGGCUCUUGCGAUGCCAUCCCCGUGAAUGGUGAUUCAAGAUCACUUUACACAAGCUUCUUGCGAAGGCUACCCGGGGUCAUCCAAGGGAUCUUCCCUGACCACACUGUGCGGCCAACUGCACCACCAAAGACCACCCCUGCCCCCUGGAAGGUGGUGGACAGGAAAAAGUUGUACAUGGCUGACCUGGAGUCUGCAAUCCUGUACACCCUAAGAAUGGAGGCAGCACGAUUCCUUUACCUCGACAGAGAGCGUCUCUCUGCGCUGAAGCAAUAUGUGGCCCUCUUGGUCAAGUAUUUCCCUGGACGCCUCAUAGUCAUGAACUACCUUCGCAACCUGGACCACUGGCUGGGACCGAGGACAAACGUGUCGAAGAGCGAAUGGGAGGAAGCUCUGAGGAACAAAGGAGAGCGUCCUUAUGCCUGGCUUCCAGAGACCCCCAACUGGGUUGGCUGUCAAGGAAGCAGACCCGAGUUUCGAGGUUAUCCGUGCUCGCUCUGGACUCUCUUCCACUUCCUCACAGUGCAGGAGGCCCUGCAGAGCUCCAGGUUUACCUCGCCAUCAGAAGUCCUUUCAACAAUGAGGAGAUACGUCCAUUACUUCUUUGGUUGCCGGGAGUGCGCGGAUCAUUUUGAAGGCAUGGCUGCAGAAUCAAUGCACCGAGUGAAGAACAAAGAUGGCGCGAUUCUCUGGCUCUGGUCAAGGCAUAACCGAGUUAAUGCUCGUUUGGCAGGUACCAAAAGUGACGACCCCAAAUUUCCCAAGAUCCAGUGGCCUUCCCAAGCUUUGUGUUGGUCGUGCCAGUUAAUCAUCAAUGGGAGACGCAUGUGGGACGAGAGAGCUGUCUUGAGGUUCUUCAAGUCUCACUUCUCACGGAGCAACAUCUACAUGGAUUACAUGAACUUCGAGAGGGGGCGUCCCGGGAGACACGGCCGAGAUGUUGAGGAGCGCGACCUCAAAGCAGAGGGAAACCUGGAGGAAGGAGGAGGGGAGGAUGGCCAAGGAGCUGAAGAGGAGUUUGAGGAAGACUCCAAGCGGACUGACGGGCCGGAGCAAGGGAGGGAGGAGAAGAAGAGAUCCGGCUUGGACCGGUUAGGGGCUUCCGAGCCACGCAAGCCGAGCAUUAUCAAGAUUGGCAAGAGCGCAAAGGUGAAAGAGCUGGAGGAUGAUAUCGUCGAUCUGGAUUCUUUCAGUGAGCAGCAUUACAAGAGCAAGGCCUUGAAAGCGGCCGCCCAGGCCAACGACGGACACAGGCGGAGUAGGAGGGACACAGGGCUGGUGCUGAUGGAAGAAGACAACCGCCGGUCUUUUGAUUACGACGCAGUCUGGGGACGCCUGAAACGCAAGGGCCUGGGAGGCCAGCACAUCAUGGAUGCCUUCGAGGAGGAAGCAGGCAAGGAGGGCGAGACCUCCCUGAGGAGGAGCCAAUGGUUCCGCUUGCUGGGAGUCGGCUUUUCCCGUCUGGAUGUCACCUUGUGCAUUGCUCUGUACCUCCUCUCCUCCAUGUGUCUGUUGGGCAUGUAUACUUUCUUCCGCAUGCGCAUGAAGUACCGCAAGGGCCGCCCGGGCUUCCCGUUGGCCUGAAGGAGGAUCAAGCCAGCUGCCGCCCA